CGACAGCGCCAGGUGGCGCUCACAAUUGCGCUCUCGCCGGCCAUCACCUGAGUCGAGAGCCGAGCGGUUGACGCAGCAACACCGUGGCCGGUCCCCGGGGAUGAAGUGUCGCCUUGUCCACUUCUAAGCUUCCGGCAUGUCGAUGCGCAAGCUGCUGGCCCGCGGCUGGCAGCUAGGCCGGUUGGCCUUGCCACAUGUCACCCCCGCGGUCAGGGUCGGGCCGAGCGCCCCGGUUCUGCGGCCUCGGGUCAGGCAGCCGCUUCAGUGCGUGCUGCCAGCCCGUUACCGGUUCUUCCGCCACUCGGUUGGCAGCCUGGCCGCCCAGCUGCAGCGCCAAGCGUUUGGACGGGGCCGCGGGACCUUGCUGGCCUUCGGACUGGGCCUGGGUUUCGUCGAACAGCAGGCGGAGGAGAUAAGGGCAUACACUACUGUGUGCGACCAGUUGCAGACACAAUUUAAAAGAAAGAAAACUAAGUAUGAAAACUCUGUACCUUUGCCCACUAUUGGCCAUUGUCUAGAAGAUUACAAGAUUGGAGACCCCCUUGGAAAAGGAUGUAAUGCAGCUGUAUACAAGGCCUUUAUCUCUGAAGGAGCCAAUCCAAAAUCGAGCAGUAAAAUAAUGACAAAGGAGCGACAGCCGGAAAGUAAAAAUGAGGAAAAGAAAGCUGCUGUUGUACCAGAUAUCUCCAGCAUUUGUUCCGAAAUAAUAAAUAAUUCAACAAUUUCGCAGGAAUCAUCAAGUCUGAGUUUUGUAGUUUUGGAGAGGGAUCCACCUUCUGGACCUGUGGAGGACACCAGCUUACCGGAAGCCGGGCCCCUGGGAGACACUAGCCACCCUCUGGCUUUAAAAAUGCUUUGGAACUUGAACACAGAGUCAUCCAGUGAUGCUAUCCUGAGAACAAUGGGGAAGGAGUUGGUGCCAACCAUCCCUAAUGCUUUAUCUGGAGAGUUUAAUAAAGCCAAAGGAUUAGUUCUAUCCUCCUAUUAUAACAUGAGGAAGCUGAAACCACAUCCAAACAUUAUCCAGAUUGUCCGGGCAUUUACAGCUGAAUUUCCUCUGUUGACCGGAGCAUGGGAGGAGUAUCCUGAUGUACUGCCCAAAAGUUUGAAUCCCAAUGGGUUUGGAUGCAGCCACACCCUCUUUCUGGUGAUGAAAAGCUAUCCUUGUACCCUGAAGCAGUACUUGGAAGUGUGCAGCCCCUGGAGUGGGUAUGCUGUGCAGAUGAUUCUUCAGUUACUAGAGGGAGUGGAUCAUCUGGUUCAGAAUGGCAUUGCACACAGAGACCUGAAGGCUGAUAAUAUUCUGGUGGAGUUCGAUUCAGUUGGCUGGCCACGUUUAGUGAUCACAGAUUUUGGCUGCUGUCUGGCAAAUUGUGAUCGUGGAUUGAAGCUUCCCUUUACCAGUAUGGAGGUUGACCGGGGAGGAAAUACCUGUCUCAUGGCUCCUGAGAUUUGUACAGCAGUGCCUGGACCCAGAGCAUCCAUUGAUUAUAGCAAAUCUGAUGCCUGGACAGUGGGUACACUAGCCUAUGAGAUUCUGGGACUUCCGAAUCCCUUUUAUCCACGUGGAAUGAAUUAUCUGGAGAGCAGGAAUUAUGAAGAGAACAAGCUACCACCUUUGCCAAACUACAUUCAUAGAAAUGUGAGACAGGUGGUGAAGCUUUUGUUGUGCAGAGACCCCAAGAAACGCCUAUCAGCAAGAAUUGCCGCAAACAUGUUGCACCUACAACUGUGGAAUUCAGAGCUUCUCGCUUUAGCAGAAAUCACUGCGGAGGAGUUAUUUGACUGGCUUUGCUACCAGUUUCUGCCCACCUGCCUGCAGUUUACAGUGAGUUGUGAAUCAACAGUGCAGACCGAACUGAAGAGGAACUUCUUGGCAAAUCUCAGUUUUGAAGAUCUAAACCUGACACUGGAUCUACUGCUAGCUGGGGAAAAACAACUGAAGUUCACCAAUAAUCCUGUGGGUUCCAAAACUGAAUUGGGAGGAAACAAAUGCUACUAAUUACAGGUCGAGAAAUAAGGCACUGAAUUUAGCUCCUAAUUAAAAAGAUGAAUGUGCAUUUAAUGAAUUGGGGCGUAUGGUGGAGCAGUAGUUAGAGGUAAAUAGUUUUUUUGCCGUUCAUGACUGGCACCAAGGAGGGUAUCCUUAAUUGGCUUCUGUAGAACUUGAACAGUUAGUUAAUAAUAAACUUGCACAUUUAUUUCCUGUUUCCUGAAGAAUGUUAAUUUGAAAUGGAGUUUAGUUCAUUGCUCAGGUAACUUUGCAUUGCUUGUACCUCACCCUGAGAAUGUGAAUUUCAGGGUGGUAUAUGAUGACAUAGGUAAUAAAUGUACUUUAAUUUAAAAACCCCUAUCCUGGCACAUAACACUUUAAUCUCUUACUUUUUGUUCCCAUUUUUAAAGAAAGCUGUCCAUGACACAAAGUGCAAGCAUUUAUCAAGUUGUAAAAGGUGAGUGAAGUGAAGACAUUGUUUAAGUAGCACAGGUGAUGUCACAAAGGCCCAAUGUUUUAAUAUCUACCUUGUAGGAAGAAAGUGGACGUUAGGAGUUCUACACUUGAGAUUUUAGGGAAGGAAGAAAAAGUUUACAGAUGUGAGCUAUUAAUUCAGUGCGUGGAAAGUCUGAUUGAUCUUGAAUGUAAUCUAAGCACUAUUUUCCUUGUUUGUGAUUUCUGCAUUGUGAAAUCUAUUAAGCUAAUGACUUGGCAUUCAUACUGAUUGACAUAUGUUUUCAGUUUGUAUUUGCAAUAUAGCUCUGUUAAACUGAUUUAAGUAAAAAAAAAUUGAAAUUUUGAACA